AUGAACUCGACCCUAGAUGAGGGCGAGAACUUUCUUCGCGGUGAAGACGAGGACGAUCGGAGCGACGACACUGGACGCAACACUGGCAACCACGCAGACAGAGAUGUGCCGGAUAUCGAACCCUUGACAAAAGAUGAAAUCGACGGGCGAUCUAGCCCUGUCCAGACGGAACAAGUUGUCGAAGAGAAGGAUGACAACCGCAAUGGACAUGAGAGCGGGUCGGACGUGCUGGAAGCCGGUGGCAUAGAUGGGCUUGUUCCUUCCAGUCGCGAAGACAAUGUCCUCGGCAUCGGCGAACCUACCUCAGCUUUGGAUGACACAGCUUCUGUUCGGGAUUCCGCGCUCUCAUCUCCGCGAAGUGAGACUCCGUCACUCCGUAGCCCAGGUCGAAGAGGAAGCCCUUCCAACACCCACCGGCCCUUUGAUGCGAGGUUCCAGUCUCGUCUGUCGAGCGCCCAGUUCUCCCCUCUGAGAUCGAGCUCUCCAGCAUUCCUGGGCACACAUUCCCGGCAUUCUUCUGUUGCAAGCCUGGGUUUACAUACGCCGUCCGAACCUGAUGACACCUCGAGUCCUUGGGACGUCAUAAGGUGGAGUAAAUUCAAGAGAAUCACCGGGCAAGCUUUCUCAGAGAUUGGAAAGCGCAAUUUUGGAAGUCCAACCUGUUUGGCAGUGGCCGAUCAGCUUGUCAUUGGCACGUCCAAGGGCCUUGUCCUCGUGUUUGACCACCAUCAGAACCACAAGGCCAUUAUUGGCAGUGGCACAAAGGCCGUAGAGAGUGGUGCGGUCUCCUCUCUCGCAAUAUCUGCCGACCAUACGACCAUUGCAGUGGGCCAUGCCACCGGACAUAUUCUCACCUGGGAGUUGGCCAAACCCGCCAGGCCGUUUCUGCACAUCCACCCAAUCGAUAUCUCGCAUGCCCAAGCUAGACGCGCAGACGGACACAUAGUAGGAAGUGCCGUACUUCAUGUCGGAUUCCUCGGCUAUCGACACACCGCCCUUGUCUCUGCGGAUGACCGAGGCCUAGCAUUUUCGCAUCUAGCCACGAGAGGCAUGGGAGCCGUGGCCCGCGUGGUGCGCACGACUCGAAUUUUAGGACGAUAUCCCGAAGUAGUCUCGCGCACUUCCAAACCCCAGAAGAAAAGUUCUGUUCUUGCCUUCUCGCCGUUGCCGCUGGGGAACAUAGAGCAAAGGACAGACGGGCUUGGGCUGGUCGCAAUGUUGACCCCAUACCUGUUGGUCAUCGUAUCGACGACGCCAGUAGCGCAGACUCAACACAAAGCCGCCCGACCCAAGGAGGUUGCAGAACACAGCGCCAUGACCGCGGCAUUGGCGUGGUUUCCAGCAAUAAAGCUGAAAUCUCAGGGCUCUGAAGUUUCCAAAACCAAGCUUGUGUAUGCGUGGUCGAAUAUUCUCACUGUCCUUGAGGUUCAUGAAGCAGCAGUCGAAGACGAUGCUGACAAGGACAAACCGCCCGAGCUGCAAUUCCUCGCCCGCAGCCGCUACGAAGCCGAUGAAGCCAUAGUGGCUGUUCAGUGGUUGAGUCGGUCUAUCAUGGCUGUUCUAACCAUCACACAACAACUCCUCAUCAUUGAAGAUGUCACCAUGCACGUGACCGACGCUUUCGACCUGCUGGGGAAGAGUAUCUAUCAUGCGGACCUCUAUUCCCAACAGUUACGGGCCAUCAUCGAGAACCUGGAUGAGGAAGACACAUCAAUGCAUGGGGUGGUGGCCGAUGCGUUCCACAUGAGUUUUCGAACAUACAAAGGCCGGCUCUUUCUUCUAGGCUUCAAUGACAUCUGGACGGGUGCCCUGACCAACUGGGCCGACCGGCUUUUGGCCAUGAUCAACGUCGGUGAUUUCGUGGGCGCUAUUCGGCUUGCCACCAAAUAUUACCGAGGCGAGGGAGAGAAGGCCACCAUCGGACUUCCCGAAGAGGAUCGUGUUCGUUCUGGUCUGGUCCGGGAAAAGCUCUACGAGAUGAUGACUGCUUCGUUGAAGUAUGCGUUCGGCAAAAACCAACAAGCGGGUAAUGCACUGAUUGAGAAACCUCAGAUGAUCGAACUGGCCGAUGCGUGUAUAAAAGCGUGCCUCGUGACAGAGGAUCCGGAUUUCCUGUUCGAAGAAGUUUUCGCCUGGUAUGAGGAUCAUGACCACGGGCCCUUGUUUGUGGAUGUUCUUGAACCCUACAUUUUAGAUCAACAAAUCGUCGCUGUCCCACCACCAGCACUCAAGACCUUGAUUAACCACUUUGUCGUGACGCACACGCCGUCGACAUUGGAAGAGAUGAUUUGCAUGCUCGACACGUCCACGAUGGAUAUUGACCAAGUCACGACUUUAUGCAAGAAAUACCACCUAUACGAUGCCUACAUUUACGUUUGGACCAUGGCUUUACGCGACUUUGUCACACCGUUAACCCUCCUACUUCGUUUCGCCAAUGCUGAUAGUCUGCUCCCAACGCAGUUGACCAACGAUGCCGACAGGCACAACAUCGCGGAGAAGAUCUUCCCUUAUGUUUCUUUCAUUCUGACCAGUCGUGUAUAUCCAACGGGCGCGUCCAUGCAGGAUGAAGAAUCGGUACAGGCAAAGAGUCAAAUCUACGAUUUCUUCUUUUCCGGAACCGAAGAUCCUUCCGCGGCUCCAAAGAGGACAGUUUAUUCCGUAGGAGCAAAGAACACGGCGGGCUCCUUUGAGAAUCUGUCGCGCAUACUGCACUUUGAUGCUGCGAACUUUAUUGCAGCUCUGAACGAAGCUUUCGAAGACAGUUUCCUCAACACAGGCGAUGAGAAUGCAGUCAAUAACCUUGCAACAUAUCAACCCGUAACGACGCGGACAUACACCCGGCAGUACAUCGUUCGUAUAUUGCUGGAAGUGAUGUCGUCUGGUUUCGAGUCAGAGGAGACCAUCUAUCUUGAUAUGUUUAUUGCGAGAAGUCUCGCUAAAUACCCUCAAUACCUGGUUCUCUCUGGUGCGAUUCUGCAAGAAAUCCUCAGCCGGUUGUGUCGGUACCCAGACGAUGACAUGCGUGAUGACGCUCAAUUGAGUCUCGAAUAUCUGUUGUCCACAUAUCAGCCGCCGAACCUGCUCGACUUCGUUCCUCUGUUACGAGAAGCGAGGUUUUACCGGGUCCUGAAGACUGUGUUCAAGCAGGAGUCCGAAUAUGCCGAGUUGAUCCGUACUUAUUUUCUCGACCACGAGGAUCAGGAUGGUGUAUUUUCCUCCAUCGUUAGUUGUCUGCGAACAGGGUCGCCGUUGACCGACCAUCAACGAGACGAAGUCCGCAAAGCCAUUGAGGAGCACGCGCUUGAUCUCACCAGGGUUGACGUCCAAACGACAGCAACGACCAUUGAUGAGGCCGCACCUGACAUGCAUCAGUUCUUUCUACAUGUCUUGGCUGACGAUCCCUUUGGCCAGUACGAGUAUCUGAGAGAGCUACUGGAGCCUGAAAAUCAUCACCGUCCGAAGCACGAGCCCCAAAAUGAGAUUCUGGAGUUAUAUGUCCGGUUGCUUUGUCAGUUCGAUCCUUCACAUGUGACGGAAUAUGUGGAAAAUGUCAAGGAGGGCGAUAUCAGGCUUGAGGAAGUACUGCCGACCAUCGAAGACAGCGGAAUUAUUGAUGCCGUGGUCAUUCUUCAGACUCGACAAGGGCAGGUCAAAGAAGCUAUGGAUAGAUUGAUCCGGCAUCUUUCGUUCCUUGGAUCGACCCUCAAAUCUAUCGCCUUGGACUACCCGGAUCGAUCGGACGACGCGUCAAUCAGACACCCUAGCCAGGGCGUGCUGCAGGCGGUGGACAAGUAUGCCCGAGUCGGAAUCUGGUUGUGUCAAGGACAGAUGAAACAUGCUCCAAAGGUGACUGCUGUCUCCAAGUCUCCAAGACGGUCCGGUAGUGCCACUCGUGCCUUAUGCUUCGAGGAGACUCUCUGGCUGGAACUCAUUCUUUCGGUGGUGUCUAUUGCUCGGGAGAUGUCUGGUGGAGGCGCUCUACCGAGUGGCGAACAAGCGGACGAAUCCCGACACGAGCUUAGCGUGUCUCUGCGGAACACCAUCCAGCAGGUAUUUUCUGCACUAUUGUCCAGUACUACGUCGAUACGAGAGGCUUCCGGCAGUCAGGACAUGAUGUUCCUGCGCAUCCUGCGGGCAUUCCUCACACAUGCCGCAGAGGCAAGCCCGUCGUUAUCCGAGCUACGAAGCGUUAUCGGGUCGAUUUUCUCGACAUAUGCAUAUGAAGAGUCGCUCCUCGCACUGUCUAAUUCGAUCUUGGACAAGGAUGUGUUUGUGCAACUGCAUGGAGCCACAGCUCUUCGGCGGCGGGGUUGGAGACCCAAAGGGCAGGCAUGUGAGGUCUGCCGCCGGCGGGUAUGGGGACCAGGCAUCGGGAUACGAGUGUGGGAAGAAUGGCAGAACAGGGAAGGCGCCCGACUAGAGCGUCGACGACGUGUGCAGCCAGACGAAUACGCCGACGAGGGCGAUGCAACCCGAGGCAAGGGCAAAGCCGCUGUCGACGCGAGUGCGCACGAGCCGCUGGACGGUGAUGGCUUAAAUGGAGACACGCAGUCGGCAGGGAGCUUGGGGCCGAUUGUGGUAUUCUCUUGCCGGCACCAGUACCACCAGAAGUGUUUGGGGACUGGACAUAGCGAAGACGGUGGCCUUAGCCCUCCACUCGUGUGUCCGGCGUGUAUAUCUGUAUAG